GCCCCUCCCCCGUCGCCAGCACACCAAUACAAUUCGCUGCGUUGGCUGAGAAUCAUAUCGAUUUUGGUGUCGGCCAACGUUUCGUCCACCCGGCUGUAUCUGCGCUCCCCCCGUUCUACAGCAGAUGCCGGACCCGUCCAGCAAUAACGAGGAUAUUCCUCUUGCAGAUGAUGAUGACAGCGUGUCGUCGAUAAUAGGAGGAGGAACACCAAGGCCUGCGCAGCCUUUGCCGAGGGAAGAACCUCUUGAAGAUCCAGAAGAAAAAGCACGACUCAUCUCUCAAGUGCUUGAGCUGCAGAACACUCUAGACGAUCUGAGCCAGCGCGUGGAUUCUGUCAAGGAGGAAAGCCUCAAAUUGCGUUCUGAAAAUCAAGUUCUGGGCCAAUACAUACAGAAUCUCAUGGCUUCGUCGUCCGUUUUCCAAUCAUCAAAUACCGGAGGCAAACAAAACGAAAUGCUGUCCUCAGUUUUCGACUGGUGACAUCACUAUCGGCAGGUUGGUGAUGUCCUGACUUUCCUAUGUAACAGUGGUGAUUUUGAUUGUAUGCGCGCAAUCACUCCUGACGCUUUACAUCGGAGCUGUUGGAAAUGGAAUUUGUUGUGUGUAAGUGUGUGCCAUGACCAGAGCUUUCGUUCAUUUCACGUGUAGUAAGACAUGGCAAUAGAUCAGCAUCUAUCACUAAUAUGGUCAUUCCUUGCAAACUUUUACUUACUAGUAGUACUUUAAUUUUAUCUACUUACAUGUAUGCUCUUUACUAUCGGAACAUCUUUCAUCCAUGACGCUACCCUACUUUCACAUUGGUGUGAUUUUUGUUGUAUUGUAUCUGUGCA